GCCGCCGGGCGAGCGCGGCCGCACCGAGGCGCAACAGGCGGGGCGACGGCGGGCGGAUGGCGGCGGGCGGCGGCGGCCGCUGAAGGCGGAGGGGACGAGGCGGUGUCGGCGGCGGGUGUCGGGGCAGAGCGGGCGGGAUGCGGGCGGAGGAGCCGCUGGCGCUGGCGGCCCCGCGGGCGGGCGGCGGCGGCGGCGGCGGCGGUGGCGGCGAGGCGGAGGCGGAGGCGCCGGGCGAGGAGCGGAGCGGCGGCAGCUGCUGCAGCAGCGAGCGGCUGGUGAUCAACAUCUCGGGGCUGCGCUUCGAGACGCAGCUGCGGACCCUCUCCAUCUUCCCCGACACGCUGCUGGGGGACCCCAGCCGCCGGGUGCGCUACUUCGACCCGCUCCGCAACGAGUACUUCUUCGACCGCAACCGGCCCAGCUUCGACGCCAUCCUCUACUACUACCAGUCCGGCGGGCGGCUCCGCCGGCCCGUCCAUGUGCCCCUCGACAUCUUCCUGGAGGAGAUCCGCUUCUACCAACUGGGCCAGGAGGCCAUCGAGACCUUCCGGGAGGACGAGGGCUUCAUUCAAGAGGAGGAGAAGCCCCUGCCCCAGCACCACUUCCAGCGCCAGGUCUGGCUGCUCUUUGAGUACCCCGAGAGCUCCGGGCCGGCCCGGGCCAUCGCCAUCGUCUCCGUGCUGGUCAUCCUCAUCUCCAUCGUCAUCUUCUGCCUCGAGACCCUGCCGGAGUUUCGCCAGGAGCCCAAGGGCGCCCAGCCCGGCUUCGGGGAGGCGGCGCCGCCCGGCGACGAGGCGCUGCUGCUGCCGCCGCCGCCGCCGCCGAGCGGGUCCCCGCCGCCCCUGCGCCCCGCCGCCGGCGCCGGACCCUUCUUCACAGACCCCUUCUUCCUCAUAGAGACCCUGUGCAUCAUCUGGUUCUCCUUUGAACUCCUCGUCCGCUUCUUCGCCUGCCCCAGCAAGCCCGAGUUCUCCCGCAACAUCAUGAAUAUCAUCGACAUCGUGGCCAUCAUCCCCUACUUCAUCACCCUGGGCACCGAGCUGGCCCAGCAACAGCAGCAGAAGCAGCAGCCCGGGAGCAGCAGCAACAAUGGGGGCCAGCAGCAAGCCAUGUCCCUGGCUAUCCUGAGAGUCAUUCGCCUGGUCAGAGUCUUCAGGAUCUUCAAGCUCUCCAGGCACUCCAAGGGGCUGCAGAUCUUGGGGAAGACCCUCCAGGCCAGCAUGAGGGAGCUGGGCCUCCUCAUCUUCUUCCUUUUCAUCGGGGUGAUCCUCUUCUCCAGUGCUGUCUACUUUGCAGAGACUGAUGACCCCGACUCCCUGUUCACCAGCAUCCCCGAUGCUUUUUGGUGGGCGGUGGUGUCCAUGACCACCGUGGGCUAUGGGGACAUGUAUCCCAUGACAAUUGGUGGCAAGAUUGUGGGUUCCUUGUGUGCCAUCGCGGGUGUGCUGACCAUUGCCCUCCCUGUCCCUGUCAUCGUGUCCAAUUUCAACUACUUCUACCACCGAGAGACUGAUCACGAAGAGCAGUGCCAGUACACCCAUGUCACCUGUGGUCAGCAGCAGUCACCCUUCUCUGAGCCCAAGAAGGGGGACAGUAAUCAGUCUCUCAGCAAAUCUGAAUUCCUGGAAGCAGAAGACCUGGAGUCCAUGAAAUAUUCCAACUUCAUUCCUCCCAACAACCAGGGUUAUAAAGAGAAGAAAAUGCUGACAGAGGUGUGAUCAGUUUUGUUAUCCUGGGUCCAGACACGGAGCUGCAAGCUGCUGCACAGCCGUCUUCCCACUAGCAGCUGGAUCUAUUCAGCAUUUACAUGCCAGACUGUGAAUUGUGAUACCGUAAACAGAACGAUUGUGAUAAUGGGCUCUUCUGUCCUGAUUUGCUGUUUCUCAUUACCGUGUGCAGCCAGAAAUGUUCUUGCUUUAUUCCGUGGAGUGCUAGCUGUCAUCCCCCACUCCCUCGUGAAUUUCUUUCUCUGUUUUCGAAGACUGCUUUAAUCCAAUAUUUGCUCUGAAACCUAGCCUUUCUACUCCACUAGCAGAGAAGCCCUUGCCGCUACUUCAAGCCGAAGGAUUCGGCAGGGAGUAAACAGUUAAAGGGGCUACAAACAUCUGGCUCAAGCUGUGCCCUUAGUUCCUGUGCCAGCGCAGUGCCCUUGGCUGUGGGAUCAGUCACGCCUGCCAUGCCAUUGCCUUUGAAUAAUGGAAACGCUGUAGCCAGCAUCACAGCGAGGUCUGCAGCUGUAGGGGAAAGUCAGCAAGCAGAUGCCUUCCUUCUUUGCAACCCUUGGCGUGCUAAAGAUCCUCUUGGUUUGUGUUUCAAAAAAAGGUGCAUAGAUCUAAAAGCUCUUCGUUACUUGUGACUGUACACCAUUUACCGAAAGCGGGCUUAAAGAAAUCAACAGGCUUGAUGGAGAUUCUGUUUUGAGCUUAUUUCAGCCUUAUUUAUGCCAGUGCCCUGAUGUUAAUUAGCUUUUAUAGUACCAACUUAAUCUUCAUAGUGGUAAGUGCCUUCUGAUGCAAGGCACAUUUGAGUAAAUUCGUUUGUUAUCUCCGCAGUUUAUCUCCACACAAUAGCGUUUAAUGAGAUGUGCUUUAUGCUUCAGAUAUCCAGUUCUGUAUUCAGGCAUGUGAGAACAAUUGACUCCACUGCGCUUUUAUUGAAGCAUUUGUAUAGCUGAGGGAAGUUUGCGUGUUGGUAUUUUGUUGACAUUGCUGAACGCCCCCCUCCCCCCAGACAGCUGCACCUGUGCUGUCUGAAGAUUGCCCUGAUUUAGCAGGUCACAGGAAUAAGUCGCCCCAGGGUAAGUGUGUCAACAUUUGAGAUUGAGAUUGGCACAGAUACAAACUUCCCGAAGCCAUCUGCACAAACCCAACAGCACACCCCAGACCUUUAAAAUAAGGGGAGAAACAGCUAGCCUUGGAGAGAUGCUUCUGCUGUAUUACUGAUCUAGCCAGUUCUUGGUAUUUCAUGGAUAGAAGGCACAGCAACGUCUUUUGUAUGCACUAGGUUUUGUGAGAGCAUCUUAACGCUGGGCAAAAUGCAUAGCUUGGCCUGCAGUGCUGGGUUUGCCAAGGGACCAGAGAUUUGCAUCUUAAGAUGCACAUUUUGCUUCCCAGAUAUUUUCAUUUUUUUUUUAAUCAAUCAGCUCUGCCUUACACCUAACUUUAAAAUAUUUCAGAUGCUGCCAGUGGGUGAGAAGGGGAAAUGGAUGCUUUCAGAUUCUAUUGGCAAAUUUUCCUGCAAGGAAAUCUCUUUCUUGUUUUAAAUCUAAGUGUAUAUUCUGCAUUCACAUGUGUGCAUGUGUAUGAAAGCAAAGGCAGCCAUUAAUGCCUUGCAUCAUACUGUAUGAUAUGCAUAUUAGAAUGUACUACAUAUUGCAUGUGACACAUGUAAUACCAGACAUAAUACCAUGAUGCAAAAUAUAUAGAAUACAUUUUAUGUAUAUGUAUAUAUUAUGCUUUUCAACCGUAAGGCUAAGAAUGCUAAAGACGCAUACUUUAAUAUAGUCAGAAUUGGCUAUAAAACUGGUUGUGAGAUGGGAUCUGUUUGCAUCUUCGUUACCCUGCUUGUUUUUUGUCGUCUUGAGAUCUGGCUCUGUGCCUAGAGUGCUUUUAUUGUGGCCUCUCCUCAUCUGGGCCCUGAUCAUAAGGUAGAAGUUGUUUGUGUAAAUCCGAACUGCUGCAUUUCUCCAGAGUCCUGUCGUCUUCUCAGAGGUUUUUAAUGUACUGGGAUCUCCCUCGGGGUCAGCGCACAACCAUUAUAUUAAAACCUCUGUUCUCUCUCUCUCUCUCGCUGAAAUCAGUAGCAAAAUGCCACUUGUCUCGGUUACUGCCAGUCAGUCUGGGAGACACAAGUGCGAUGUGGUGAGGGCUCUAUAGCUGAGGGGGGUUUGCCUGAAUACAUAGGUGCCUGAUUCCUCCUUGGGUCGUCGGGACUGGGGCAAAUAUCGGUGAAGGUCUGGGCCUUGGGAGCCAUUCUGCAUCCCUUGAAGCAUGUAACCAGCCAGUGGAUAAGUAAUCGUGGUGAGUAAGUGGGACUGAGGAAGGAUCAGCACGGCGGCAUCUCUGUUGAUUUUGUGUAAAAAGUUGUCUUGGUCAUUGAGUUCAGUAAAAAGCUGCCGUUCUUAGUUGUGUUUCAGGGCCACUAUAUUGAAAUAUUUUCUGUGAGUGCAAGAGUGUGACUCUUCUACAAAUUUUGUGUUGCUUAUAGCAGACGCACUAGAAAGCAGCAAAAGAAUAUGCUAUUUAAGAGGGAUUUUGCAAGGCUGCUGCCGUCUCUCAGCAGAAUGCCCAUGUUUGGGGUUAUUUUAUGCCUGAGCGUAUCAGCUGAUAAAAGUUUCCCCAAAGUAAGAUAUAAAAAACUCAGGUUAAGCACAAGUUCAGGAGGAGGCAUGAGGCACGCUGAGCCUACGUCAGAAAAUUCCCGUGCUUGUUUCUUCCCUUGGGCCUGACCCUGUUGGCCCUGCCAGGCAGGAGCCCUCCCCGCUCAGAGCAGGUUGUUCUGCUCCGACCAGCGUGACAGACGGCUAGGCAUGGAGACACCGGGGAGGAAAAAAAAAAAAAAAAAAGAAAAAGAUGUGAGGCAAAUGAUACUGGUAGCAUAAUCCCAACGUGUCUCGCAGAGAUGCUCUUGUCAAGAGAUUUCUCAGGUGAAAUUCAGCAGUGAGUUUCUAGCCGGCGUGUCGCCUGCAUGCAGACACGCGCGUGCUGGCGCGUGCACGCGCAGAGCGCUGGUGCGAAGGAACUUUGUGGCAAACAGACACCUUUGUGCGUUUGUCUUUUUUUUUUUGCGAUCCACGUUUUCUGGUUCUGAAAAGAAAGUGCAAGUGGAAAUGUGCAAAACGGGAAUGGGGCGUGCUUCCUGGGUUUUCUGUGUUAGAGCUAAGAGAAAUACAAAAAGCCAACAGAAGCUUGGAGAUGGUAACCCAGGGACUUUCAUUUGGGCAUGUAAAUCCUUCUCUAAGCAUCUCCUGAAAAGCUAGGCAGUGUAAGUCCCAGAGUCAUCGAUAAUACUAUAAAUUAUAGGACUUCUGGAAUUUGUCAUUUUUGUUAAAGAGCCUUUGGAUUUUUUUCAAGUGACUGAAGUCACAUAGUGGCACCCGUGCCGUUGACUUUACAGAGGACUCGUGUCGCCAAAUCACAGAGAUGCUUUCAGAAAUCUUACCUCAAGUUCGCAGCUCUUAGCACUCACUCCUGGAUGUUCGAAAUACAAAUCUGUCUGUCUGUCUAGCUUUUUCCUUCUGAAGGCAGAGCACGCAUCCUCGUGAAGCAAAGUAGGCACCUCCGGGGACUUGUUUCCAUAACAACCUCCCAGACUGUUUCUCUCUACGCCGUGACUUUGGCUACAAGCAAAAGCACUCGUUGAAUAUUUUCAGUUCUCAGAAACUAGUACCUUAUCUUUAUAGCUGUUUUCUUUGCUUACUGAAGAUGAUCCCGUCAACUUACAUCAGGUACAACAGUCCUGUCCAGCUCCAGACAGACAGUUACCAGCGUUUGAAAGCAGAGUGUGCAAACCCAGGAGAUGGGAAGGGAUUUUAUCUGUAUAUCCUUGCACACAGAGAGGUGGGGCGUGUGCGAAGGACAGUCUGAGCACUUCAAGUCAAGGGGCUGAGGGGCAACUGGCCUGUGAAUCCAUCGUCUGGGUGUGCGGUGGUGAGGAAUAUGAGCUAAAGCAUCACAUUAAAAAAAAAAACAGCAACUCUUUCAGCAAUCUCACUAGGAAAUAGCUUUGCAGUGGAAAAGGCUAUUGCUCCUUCCCGAACCCUUGGCUGUUCUGUGACAAUGAGUUCCCCAGAUAAUUUUCCCACAGGAUGUUUUGCACCAAAGCAGGACAGGGCAGAAACCAUCUUGUUGGAGGUGGGGGUGGAAGGAAAGGAAGAAUUUUUACUGAGGACACCAUUUUUAUACGCAACUCAUCAACCACCUAAAAGAUUGUAAGCAUGAAAGGCGUGAAGAGCUGUUUUGCGAUAUUUCAAAGUCUACAUUACUGGUGGAUUCCUGCACUUACCUCCAAGAUGAAACGCCUGUUCUGCUCCUGUUUGGAAAAUGUUGCAAUUUGGGAUUUCUGAGCAAUUUUCUGUUUUGGCCCUGUUCCUUUUGAUCCAGCUUUCACAGAUAAAAAUUCACUGCUAGAGCAGCUGUGGGGGUGAAGGUGACUGGACUUGAUGCUUUCUCCUAGGCCCUUUCGUUCAGCGUACAGAGAUGCCUAUGGAGAUAAAGAAGAAUGAGCAUAAAGGAAAUUCAGGGCAGCAAGAGACAGGCUAAGGACUGAAGUGUCUUCCAUACUGUGAUGGAAAGAACAGCAUCAACCCUAAAAGCAAAGGAACAAACAGCUCCAGCGUCUGCUGCUAUAGCAGAAGUAGGUCCUGUUUACAUCAGGGAAAGAUCUGAAGAUCACAGCAGGAGUUAACAGCUUUCCCAAAAGCUCUCAUCUGACUUGAGUCCAAGUGCAAGCCUUUGAAAGUCUCAGAAGAAGCACGUUCAGUACCACCCGGGAAAUGUUAUUUCCAUAAAGCCUCAUCUGGAAUGCUGUGGUAUUUUUGGUGACCUAAAUUUUGUCAGGAAGGAUGCACGGAAGAACAGCAAGAAUGAUCAGGUGAAUGGAAACUGCUUUGCAAGAGGAAGCUGGAAGAGCCUGACUUUUCUAGGCCAGCAAAAGACUGACAAGACCUAUAGUUACAAAAAUAAUGGGGGCAGAAUAGCCAAAAGAGGGCAUCACCAGCAGAUGUUGUGAGGCGGGGCUGGGAAGUUGAUGGGUUUGCAGCUGGGCAGCUGGUUACUGUGGGACCUUCAGUCAGCUUCUCUGCUGGAUCCUGGAUGCUGCAAGGCUUUCACGUCAGGAUGCUGCAAAAGAGGUUGUUGCAUCUUCUCACUGUAGUGUUGGUGAAGUUUCCCUGUGUGCAGGGAAUACAACAUUUAUGGACAGGAAACUGGUUUCUUUGCUUUGCCGUUUUCUUGUUGCUGUUUUUUUUAAAGGGGAUAACACUCUUAGUUCCAGGAAACUGAAACUAGAUGUGAACAGGGGUUGGAGGAGGAGGCAGAGAGAAUCCCAUACAAGAUUCAAAUAUGUGUAAUUUCUGGGGAAACUAAAUAAAACAGGAUUCCAUUGCCAGUGGUGAAAUAGCAGCAAUUUAUGAGCUGUUCAUCAAAAGCCCCAGACAAGCACCAAGUCCUGUGGGAAGCUGGAAAAAGACUCCAUUGUUGAAACUUAUUUUAAACCUUUUUUCAAGUGAAGGAUCCAGUCCUGGCAAAUGCUUAAGGUUAGCCCUUAGAAGAGCAAAUAGCUUUCUCUAGAGAAUCGAACAAGUGGCCAGAGUCUGUCCAUUUGUCUCUCUGUCUUUUGGCCUUGGAUUACUGUGCUAUUUAAAACUGUAUUUUCUUAACUCAGAUAAAUGGUAGAUGUUUCACAUAGCUGUACCAGUAGUAAUCAUCCUGUUCAUAAUAUCUGAUAUCUAAGGGAUGGGCCUAAACUAGAGGCAUUUCUCAUUUACCUAUGAAGUGUCUUGCUUUAGCAUGUGUACAGUCAAUUCUUGUUGUGAACAUGUGAGUCCAUUGCCUGCUCUAAAGGAGGUCGUGACUUAGUUUCAGUGGCUGUAGAGAGUUUCUCUGAAAUAGCACUGUUUGUAGUCUUUCAUGUGAUUUAGAAGGCACAGUAGCCAGCUAGUUCUGAAAAUGUAAUAUAAUUGUAUGCAGUGUUCCCAGAAAAUGCUCUGAAGUCUUCCCCCAUUGCACCAUUGUGAUAAAACCCUGUGUUGCUUUUCAAGCUCCCCAAGUCCAUGCUGUGCUGUGCUGAAACUGAUGGAAACCCCAAUUAGCACUGAAAAGUGAAGGGUAGAGAGGGAUGCUCUGGCCUGGAAUCCCCUUCCUUUGGCAGCAGCCAAGGUCAGGCGUGCAGCCGAAUGUCCACGGCCAAAGGUGGGUCCACCCUGUAUGUGUUGUCAGCUCUCUGCAUAGGAGAGUGGGAGGGUGGGUAGAAAGAAUUGAUUCUGGGAGGGGAGAGAGUGGGAGGGUGGGUAGAAAGAAUUGAUUCUGGGAGGGGAGAGACUGAGAGGAAAAGUGGACUAAAGCAUACCCUGAGCAAGACAGUUGUGAUUUUCAGAAGGUACUCUGAUGGAUGCCGGGCGUCCAGCUUCCCUAGGACUCUUUGUCAAUAACACCCUCUACAUUUUCAUGAGCGACUUUUAGCCUGUCUGGCAGUCCUCGCAGUCAAUGUGUGAGGGAAAAGUGGCGGAAGGCAGCUCACUCUACUUUGGCAGCGCUCUGCACCUCUAACAGGCCAGGACCACAAUACCUCCUCAUGGCUGCUGGCUGAGGAUCUGAUCCUCUGAUGACCUGUGUCUUCCUGACUACCUGUGACUGCAACAGGCUUAUAGACCUGAGGUGCCAGAUCCAAAGAUGCUUCUGGAGCAGGUCUGCUCAGUAGUCCUGAGGGUGGCUGUGAGCCUGUAGUUCUUAGGAGGCAACAUUUCCUCCACGUUCAUAUUGCUUGGGUGCAAACAAAACAGAGACCUACUCUAUAUCUUGGUGCAGGCCGGCUUGCAAUGUAGGACUUCUCUGAGGUACUGUGUAUCCUGAUCUGUGUGGCAAGGCCAUGUGGCUGACCAGAGCUGCUAUGGACCCUUCUUGCAAGGGCAGUUGUCUUCAGAGUCGAGCAAAGCGCAGGCUGCCUUUAGAAGGGUGUGAAUAUGCUGCAGAAGUCUAUGGGUACCCUUCAGACAUAUGGCACUCAGGUCAGACACUUUAGACCAUACCAUGUGCCAGCACAAACAGUAGCAAUGUUAGUUACAGGAUUGCUUUGCUUUUGCUGUGAAACCUUGCUCUGAUGCAUUAUUUCAAGGAAGACAGUUGGGAUUUGCAGGCCAGAUCAUGUGGUGGGAUAAGUAAUUCCAGCUCCCUUAUUGGAGCUAGACUGAUUAUUACAAGUCUGGUCCAACAUUUAUGAGGAACUGUGGAUGGUAGGGGUUUUUUCUUUGUUUGUUGCACUGAAAACCUGAAACCUUUCAAAUAAAGUACAUGAGGUAAACAGAA